AUGGCACGUGGGCUUGACAGCCGGCCGACAUCAAAAGAGUCAAACGAUGGGAAGACUGGCAUAGACAUUGGUUGGAGAAGGUGUCCCUCAUUCGUUGGUGAGUGGGGCAAGGCGCGCUCAGUGCCUGGUACGACACUUGGCUAGAAGAUAUACCAUUGGCCAGUUUUGCUACUGUCACAUCCUCUUGGCCUCGUUUGACGGUAGCCCAGGUUCUCCAAAGAGAUACUCGUCUACUUAUUGAGAGGCAUAGACUAUCGUCGGACUUGUUACCAGCCAUCUACAUGACUGAGACGACUCCUACUGAGGACCAAGCCAUCUGGACACUUACCAUAGAUGUCAGUUUCUCUAGUAGCUCUUCUUGGUAGUACUUUAGAAACUGCUCCCCAAAGAUAUUUUGGGGAAAUCUCAUAUCGCUGUCAAGUGUUGGUGUCAACUCCUAGCAAAUUGGCUUCCAACGCUCUCGUACAGACCUACGAGACCACCACUAGAGGUCUUUAGGAGAAUCAUUAACUCACCGACGAGUGUCAAGGUUAGUUCAUUUGUAAAUAUAGAAGGGACGCAACUGAUCUCGAUUUGCAGGCCAAGUGAUGCAUGCCACAGAAAUUAUGAGGCACGAAACACAAUGAGUUCGGAGUACUCAUUCCAUAUUGCGAAAAAAAUGAAAACAUUUACGUUCUGUUUGUAAAGCUUUAAGGCUAUGGGGACUCCAUAUCAUCCCUACAUAAACCCAGACUACUAUCUGAUCUGUUAGAUGGACACCACCGAGUGUUGGACGGUGGAAACUCAAUAUCGAUGGAGCAUCUCAAAGUAACCCAGGACGAUCUAGGGGAGGAGGUAUCCUAUGUGAUAGUACAGGAUGCAUUCUCUUUGCCUUCUUUGUGAGGCUAUACGAACUAACACUGUAGCAGAGGCUAUGGCAAUACGGGAUGGUUUGCUUCUUUGUGAGGAGCAAAAUAUUACUGAUAUUGUCUUAAAAUCUGACUCCAGAGUAUUAGUGGAUAUGUUACAUGCAGACUCUUGUAUUCAUUGGAGGCUCAACAAUAUCUGGACAGACAUCAUGAGAUGUCGAGGGCGCAUCACAGCCAUCACGCAUCAGUUCUGAGAAGAGAAUCAAACGGCCGACGCCCUUGCAACGCAUGGAGUCAGAUUGCGUCGGAGGACAGUCUUCUCUUCUUUGCAGGACAUGCCCCUCAAAGCCUGAGGUGCUCAUAGACUUUGCGACUCAGCAUACCCUCUCUACGCAUACACUGCACUCCACUACCAGCCCCUCCACGGCAGUGCCGUAUUGCUUGGAGGAGACCAGGGGCGGCUACCAUUGGCCGCUAAAGACCACAACGGAGAUACAUGUAGGUGUUUCCUUUGUUUCGGAUUUCAGGUCUAUCACACGUACCACUGAUGUGGUACAUCAUUAUGCCGCUCGUCACGUACCACUCAUGUGGAACGCACCUUGGCAAUCAGCUCAGGACUGAAGACAGAUACCAUGAAGACAUACUGCUUACACUUGUUGUGGCAAAUUCCCCCCUCAUCUAA